AUGGGUGAGGACAGGAUGGAGAUGGCCGAAGUGGAGACAACUCUUGUUUCUUCAGAUUCAAAAAUAACUCCCACCAGGCCUCCUAACCAAUUUGAGAGGUUAUACCAGCCCUGUCUGGGUGAGCUGGUGGGAACUAUGUUCUUUGUGUUUAUCGGAUGUGUGUCAGUCAUAGAGAAUGUGGACGGUCCAGGGAGGCUUCAGCCAGCUCUGGUGCAUGGUCUGGCUGUAGCUGUCAUGGUGGCAUGCAUGGCUGAGAUCAGCGGCUCUCAUUUCAACCCCCCGUUCACCCUGGCCAUCUAUCUGUGUGGGGGUAUGGAGAUGCACAUGGUGGCCCCAUACCUUGCGUCUCAGUUGAUUGGAGGGAUGUUGGGAGCUGCUAUGGCAAAGGUGAUGACCUCCACUGAGAACUACGGCAAGGCCCAUGGGGCUGCAUUUGAUCUUCUACAGUCUAAUGAUCAAGUAGUUGGGGCUCUGUUUGGAGAGAUCGCCAUGACCUGCCUGGUCACCAUGGUGGUGCUGCUGGGGGCCGUCAACACCAAGACCCAAAGCCCCCUGGUGCCGUUCAUGGUGGGCUGCACUGUCAUUAUCAAUAUCUUGGCUGGUGGGGAUGUAUCUGGUACCUGUCUGAACCCAGCUAGAGCCUUUGGUCCAGCCGUUAUGGACAACUAUUGGCUUUACCACUGGGUCUACUGGGUAGGACCUAUCACCGGAGGUCUAAUAGCAGCUGCAUUGGUUCGACUCUUCCUUGGAGACAGGAAGAUUCGACUCCUUUUGAAAUGA